UUUGAUGCUCUGUCUUGUUCUUGCGCGCACACAGAUUGCUGAACACAGAUAUAUAUACCACAUCAGAGCCACCGCUGACACCACAUGAUAGUGCUAGUGUGUCUGUGAGCAUUGGUUUCAAAGUCAGGAGGAGCUCAAUCUUGCAGCAUGGACAGUGACAGCGUACAGUUGUUAGACUAUAAGCGCUCGGACCGGAGGAGACGGAGGAAGGCUAGGGGUGACCGUGGUCAAGGUGACCCACUAGAGCUUGUGUCUGACUCUGAACUGUCCAAAAGAGCUAGAGAGAGAGAGAGACUGGAGGAUACCACUGUCUUCUCAGACACUUGUGAUGAGAAUCUACCGAGCUCAAGAGCUAGGCUAGCAGCCAGCCGGAGGCAUCAACAGUCACUGGGUCUCAGCUAUAAGGAGACCACCCCCCUCCUAGAUGAUAAGAAUGGGAAGGAAGCGGAAGCUCAAGCGGAGACGAGCAUGGUUGUGAAGAUGAAUGAAUACGAGAAAGCAGCUCCUCCCCCUAGCAAGAAGAGGGACUCCAGUAAAUGGCUGAGACUGAAGCAAUGGUGGACGAUAUCCAAAAUUACCUUCCUCACUGUGUUUGUGAUCGGAUCUGUGAUUCUCUUCUCCAUCAACGACGAGCACGAAGAGGAUAAGUACUUUGUCAAUGUUAAAAGUGACGCUCCUCGAGCUGUUGUUUUUAAUGAUCAAAAAGAGGAAUGGAAGUUUUUCUCAAUCGAGUUGUAUGGGCCAUUUAUUGACUACGGUUUUAGACCGGGGAAUGCAUCUAUUGGUAACUGCUCCAACUAUGUAUUCAUGUGUGGGGGUAAUGGAACAAUUUACUCGUGUGAAGACUUUGUGACAAGGACUGAAGAAGACUUGAAUUGUCAUUCUUUCCUACUGGGCGACCAUUUCAAUGCUGAUCAUUCUCAUCACGACUUUUCUACCACUACGACAGUUACGACAAUAGAAGAUGUAGACAGGCACAACUACAGCCUAUCAUUCUUCACAACCAAUAUGUCCAAUGUCGAGUUUCAAAUUAGUGUGGUCAAGGAGAAACUAGAAGAUUCAUCUCAAGUGAUCAUUUCUGGCAUUAUCCUUGUGUUUGUGUACGUGCUCAUUGGAUUUGAUGUGGUCCAUCGUACUGUGGCAGCUAUCAUUGGCAGCACGUGUACACUGGGAGUGCUCUCCAUGCUCGACAAGAGACCCACACUGCUAGAAGUAAUUGAGUGGAUAGACUUGGACACAAUAUGUCUCUUAUUUGGAAUGAUGACGCUAGUGGCCAUUUUCGCUCAGACUGGUUUCUUUGACUACUCAGCGGUGAAGGCGUACAAGUUGGCCCGUGGGAAGGUGUGGCCUCUCAUCACUCUUCUCUGUUUCUUUGCAGCCAUCGUCUCAGCCUUCCUGGACAAUGUGACUACCAUCCUCUUGCUUACACCAGUCUCCAUAAGGUUGUGCCAAGUGUUGAACCUUGACCCUCGUCCAAUUCUCAUAGCGGAGGUGGUGUUCUCCAAUAUAGGAGGUACGGCAACAGCCAUUGGUGAUCCUCCUAACGUCAUUAUUGUCUCAAACAAGCUCAUCAAAGAAGUGGGCAUAGACUUCUCUGAGUUCACUCUCCAUCUUGUGAUUGGCAUUAUUCCCUGUCUAGCUGUGGCCUACGGACUCUUGGCUAUAAUCCACAGGUGUCAAUACAUUAGAGUCAGGAACACAGACGCACCACACAUAUCAGAGCUCAAGAGAGAAGUGAACAUUUGGGAGAGGACCGCUCAGCAAAUGAAUGUGGUCUCACUUGAGGAGAGGGCCAUACGAGACGCUCUAAUGGCCAAGGCAGCUGAGGUGCGGAUCCAGCUGGCACAGGAGGUGGACACCACAUCUCAGUCGGCACUGGACAUGUGGCAGAAAAAUCUGACAGAGCUUGAGUCUAAGUAUCGUAUCACUAACCGAGUACUGCUCAUCAAAUCCUCUGUUGUGCUCUUUGUGGUUAUCAUCAUGUUCUUCAUCUCCAAUCUACUGCCAAACUUCGAGCUAGAGUUAGGUUGGAUUGCAAUAUUUGGAGCUGUGGUUCUCCUCCUCUUAGCUGAUGUGCAGGACAUGGAGUCCAUCCUGCACAAGAUUGAGUGGGGUACUCUGCUCUUUUUUGCAGCACUCUUUAUCCUCAUGGAGGGUCUUGGAGAGCUGGGGCUGAUUCGGUUCAUUGGGGACAGAAUGGUGGAUGUCAUCACGGUGGUACCUGUCGAGUGGCAAAUGCUCGUCUCACUGGUGGUCAUUGUGUGGGUGUCCGCGAUAGCUUCCUCGUUCAUUGACAACAUUCCCUUCACGACGGCCAUGAUUCCUGUCAUUGUGGACCUGGCUAAUUCUCGUAGUGUCUGUCUACAGCUACGCCCACUUGUCUGGGCUCUGGCCUUGGGGGCAUGUCUAGGAGGUAAUGGUACUCUGAUUGGAGCCUCGGCAAACGUAGUGUGUGCAGGAAUUGCUGAACAGAGUGGCUACAAGAUCACAUUCUUUGGAUUCUUCAAAAUUGGUUUUCCUAUGAUGAUUGUCACCACCUUCACUGCUUGCGUCUACCUGAUGAUCGUUCAUGCCGGCUUUGGCUGGAAUACAGAGAAAGCAUUAGAAUGUGUAGCAGCGACCAACCUUGGUUGACAAUCUAUUAUAAUUAAGUUAAAACUCUCAUGUGUGUUUGAUGUGGAGUUAUUUAUUUCACAGGUUUAGCUGUUGUUUUUUACCUCAUGUUACAUGUACUUUUGUGUGUGUGUGUGUGUGUGUAAACAGUAUUUGCUCACUUUGUAUGGGAUUACAUUAUUUUGUACUAAUUAUCAAAUUUGUGAACUUUAA